UGACACAMACACUAUUUUAUCCUCUUGGGAUUCCCUCUCAUGACGUAUGCUUGCAUGGGGAUUGCCCAUUCGGUUGAUUGACAGAUAUAGCGCCGCCCAAAUUAAAGUCAUCCCAAGAAUCAAAGCCCCGAAGUCAACAACAGUCUUGGAGCUCUAAGGUCUAGAAAUAACCUGACUACAAACACGUCAAGUUUCCUUGUCCUAAAGUCGGCGAUGGAURCCAUAAGGUCGGCUGGAAGAGCUAUCAUUCGAAGUCCAAGUAUGGCGAAACGGUCUUGGAAUACGGGCAAACAUAAAAAACUUCCUGAGAACUGGACAGACAUGACAGAGACUGUUGUAGAUGGCAUGACCUUUAACCUCCGUCACCUAGGCAUGACCCUGGUGGAUCAGCCCAAAGGAGAGGAACUAUCAGCAGCUGCGGUCAAGAGGAUUGUUGCCACGGCCAAAGCGGGAGGCCAGAAGCCUCAGAAGACGUCUCUAAAGGUUUCUCCUCAGGGUUUAAUGCUGUACGACAGUCUAACCAACCAGCUACUAGACAACAUCUCCAUAUACAGAUGUUGCCACUGGUAACCUACUGGACCUGGAGGARCUGACUCAUGUUGCCGYGGUUCUGGAAACCAAUGGCAACGAGGAGUUCAAGGUGGACAACCACACUGCUCCCGAGCACAAUGAUGACAACAACACUGUCUGGGAAAUUGAGGAAGACUUGGAUGAAGCUUUUUCUAGCCCCAGGCUGGAUAACUAUGAGUCGUCUCCAG